UGCAGUACCCCCCUUGGGUUCGAGUCGUUAUUUAUUGUUGCUAUCGUUGUUCACUCUGCUGUCAUCUAUUUUUCAGACCUUUCUGCAUCUAAGAUGGUAAAGAAAGGAGGGAGGAAGAGAACGAAAUAACCACGGGGAAGCCUCAGACCAGGUUGGGGAGGGGGGGUGAGAGUAAAAGGAGAGAGGAUUAACCACCAUCACCACCACCACCACCACACACACACCCCACCAACUUUCUUCCGUGAGGGAGGACUCGGAGGAUUAAAAAGGCAGCAACUUCUGAGGCGAUUUGUCCCGAGUUAUGGAUGUUGGUGCACUCACUUCAGGCCAGAUCACAGCUCAGGGGGCUCUAACCAGAAGCAGCAGCCACCAGCUCUCCACUUGCCUUUUACCAGCUUUUACCCUUCCAGUAUGUUUCUUCUGAUGAGACAUUUUCCAGCGCCCAGCGUUUCAGUACAAUGUGCAAAUGGAUACUGACAAAUGGUGCCUCCGCCUUUUCCCACCUGCCUUGCUGCAGCGGCGGCUGCCUCUUCCUGCUGCUCUUCUUGGUGUCUUCUGGGUCUGUCAUCUGCCAGGACAUGCGGUCCCCAGAGGCCACCAACGCGUCUUCUUCAUCCUCCUCCUCCUCCUCCUCUUCAUCCUUCUCCUCGCCUGCCAGUGCAGGGAGGCACGUGCGGAGCUACAAUCACCUCCAGGGAGAUGUGCGCUGGAGGAAGCUCUACUCUUACAACAAGUACUUUCUCAAGAUUGAGAAGAACGGCAAGGUCAGCGGGACCAAGAAGGAGAACUGCCCGUACAGCAUAUUGGAGAUAACAUCAGUGGAAAUUGGAGUUGUGGCUGUUAAAUCGAUUAACAGCAACUAUUACUUAGCCAUGAACAAGAAAGGAAAAGUCUAUGGCUCUAAAGAGUUUAACAGUGAUUGUAAAUUGAAGGAAAGAAUAGAAGAAAAUGGAUACAACACAUACGCAUCCUUAAAUUGGAAGCACAAUGGAAGACAAAUGUUUGUGGCCUUGAAUGGAAGAGGAGCUACAAAGAGAGGACAGAAAACAAGGAGGAAAAACACCUCAGCUCACUUUCUUCCAAUGGUAGUAAUGUCAUAGAUGAAGGAACUAUUUUAUUGAUGCAGUUGAACCAAAGGCUCUUUUGUCAAGUAUACUUGGUAAUCCUCUUGAAGAGUAAAAGCAAAGAAACAAUGCAGACGUCUGCUUGUUUGAAAAAGGGGGGAAGCCUUUGAAGGUUUUGUGCUCAUUGCUGGCACAUGAAGGACUUUUAAUUAGUUCUGUGUCAUAUCUUAUAAUCAAGAUACAAGCUGGAUCAAAUGGGAUGGGAACUAUUCCCAGUGUGAAUAAUGUUUUUUUAUCUCUGCGAUAGAACUUGCAGGACGUGAGACAAUCUGUUGAAUGAUCUUCGGGGAAAGUUAUUUAUGGAAUACUAACUCGUAUCAAAGACCUUCAUUGCUCAUUCAAGCCUAAUGAUCCAAUGAACAGUUAAACAUGCAAGCAUUUACUGGAAGCACUUGGGUCAUAUGCACAAAUAAAGAAGUUUCUGGAGUAGCCUCAUGGAAGAAUGGAUAGGAUUAGGAAAUAUAAGCAUAUUAGAAUUAAACUGUUCUAACAAAAUGAAUAGUAUGGUAUGCCUGUGUAUUCUAACUUCAUUCCUUUUUAUUUCUCUCUAAGUUAUUUAUUUAAUAGGAUGUUAAAUAUCUUUUUUUUUUAAAUGAUUUCCUCAGUUGCUUCCUUAUUUCUUCCCCUUUUUUCAGCUUUUCUCACGGGGGUUGAUAGAGUAAACUUUCAAAACCUCACUGACUGCCUGAGAAUAGGAAACUGACAAGUCUUUAAGGUAAAGUCAGCAUUGCAGUGAAUAUGUCCAAUCUGUUUUCUUCUAAACUGUUUUGCACUUAAGCAAAAGGACCUGAAGCAGUGCUCAGAUUUAUCACACACAUUGGAUGUGUUUAUGUUUGUGAAUCCUACCUGCCAUCACUCAAGAACAAACUUCAAGAAAUACAUUGUCAGGAGGGUCUUGUUGCUUGUAUGAAGUGGAUGGAGAGGCCAAAUCUGUACUCAGGUGCGUUCGUGUUUGGGAUGUGUAUGUGUAUGUAAUUCAGAUACCAUUGAUUUGUAUUUGAGACUAAUGUAUAGUCUUUCUUCGGGGUCUGAUCCAAAAUUCAUUGCAGUUAAUGGGAAUCUUUUCACUGCCUGUAGUGGCCUUUGGAACAAUCUCUAAAUGUGGCUCAUGCCCAUUGAUUUUAAUGAGAUUGCAAUAUUGCAUGCAUUUAAAUGCAAGCAGAAUUAUCCUGUGCAGUUGGAAGCACCUGAGAGCAGAAUUUGGCUCCCGAAAAGUAAGUCCAAAAAGAGCACACUCCUGCAGUCCUUAUUCAGUAACCUUCAUGUUCAACUAAAUUGUCCUCAUUAACAGCUUGAAGAGCCACAGACAUAUAUUGGGACCAUUUCCUGAAAAAAGACCAUAGAAUAUUCAUGAUCAUGCAAUUAACAGAGACUACUUUCAUAUGCAUAUAACAUUAUGAGAGCCAGCUAAAAAAACAGCAACCAUGUCCCAAGUUAGAAUGUCUUUCAUAUCCAUCACAAUAAAUGAAUGCUCAAAAAACACAAUAUCAGGCACUUUUUAUGAAAUGUUACUAUUCCCACAGCUUAAUUUAAGCAAAUGAGUUAAAGCCUAUUAUGAAGUCUGGUCAACCUAACGGAAUAUAAGGUUUGUUUUUUGCUUCACUUAUUUCUGUAAAUUUAGAGAGCUCUGGAAAACUCAUCAAUAUAACCGUCUUGAGAUUCAUUUUGUUAGAGCAGAUUAAUAGAAAACAGGUUUCAGAGUAGCAGCCGUGUUAGUCUGUAUCCGCAAAAAGAAAAGGAGGACUAGUGGCACCUUAGAGACGAACCAAUUUAUCUGAACAUAAGCUUUCGUGAGCUCAGAUAAAUUGGUUCAUCUCUAAGGUGCCACAAGUCCUCCUUUUCUUUUUAAUAGAAAACAGUACAUCAGCCAACAUGUACCACUGUCUUCACAUUGUAUUCCACUAAAUAAAUGCAUAAACUUCUCUGCGGUGUCCGUAGUGAGAAAAAAAAGUAGUAUAAUAAUAAUUUUUCUAAAUACUUUUAAGUGAUAACUAUGAGAUUAUAUUGACGUGCAGUUCUAUCUUCAGUAUUGUUGGGGGAAAGUUGGUUUUAUUUUUAUUGUUUGGAACCUGUAUUUUGAUACAAAAGGAGAGUUUUGCUAAAUUGUGUCUUUCUUUUUUUAACUAAAGUUUUACCUGAAGAAAGGCUGGUGUUAUUGUGAUCUUCUAUAACUUAUUUGAGUCAAUCCUUAGCCAGCACUUCCAAUGUUAAUUGUUAUUUAAGUAUUAGUUGUGUAUUAAAAAAAAAAAAAAACAGCAGCAGCAGCUUUCCCAUAACAUGUAAAACAUAAAGAACGGUCAGAUUGUAUUUCCUGUUCCUCAAAACAAAGUUGUCUGUUUUAUAACAAAAAAGUGUAUUUGAGGCACAGCAUUUUGGCUUGCAGCUACCAGUGCAUUUCAUGGUAUUUGGUUUCCAACCUAUUUGUUAAUAAAUGAGAUUUUUUUAAAAAAUCGACCGACAGUAGAAUUUCAGAGGUUAAAAUUAAAUUUGUAAUUGAGACUGAAUAGCAAAACUUAUCAUAUGGAGAGGGAGGCUUUCUUGUUUAAAUUUUUAAAGUAAUAAUUGCAUAUGACAAUGUAUAAUGGACCACCCACAACAAAAAUUAAAUGUUUGGUUGAGCAAAUAUAGUAUUGGAUAACCACUUUAAUAACAUCUAUGUUACAAACUAGGUUCUCAUUUCACAGAACCAUUUAGAUGACUUAGGGGAGUUUAUAUGUAAACAUUCAUAAUUACAGGAUUUCAAAACACUAAAACAGCUUCUAGCAAAACAUAUCGCUGCUCACAGAGGCCAAGAAUAGAAAAUAUCACUUUUCUAAAGUGAAUAGAGAUGGGGACAGGAGCUAUUCUGUGGAACGAAUGGUUGGUUCCUGAUGGUUAACAAAAAUAAAAAAUUCUUGAAGGAAAAUGAUGGGCUGCACUAUAGGCAUGCUCUGGUAUUUACUGUGGUAGAAUUGUGCUGCAGACAGUCUUCCCAGAGUAUUAUAGUUCCUUUUACCAUAAGAGGGGACUCCUGAUCAAGUUAAAGAGGGUGGGGGUUUUUGUUUUUGUUUUUUUAAAGGCUGAUCAACAAUGUACAGUAUGUUAUAUUUAAAUAAAAAUAAUAAAAUGCUGGGAAU